AGCUGAGGACGUUCCCUGACAUGAUAUCCAACCGUGUUAACUGGGCUGUCCGAAGUAGUGUGAGGUGCUGGAGACAACGAGCUGUCUGUAAUGUGGCUCUAGAGGCCGUGAGCGUCAGCCGCUGCUUCUCUGCUCCAUCUCGACGCGGCGUCUCGGACAUGGAGGAGCUACUGGCCAGGGUCGUCGUGCCGUUGCCUUCGUACGAAACGCGAGACAAAUCCCCACCUCCUCCCGAAACGGUUUGCUUGGAGUUUAUGCACUACUACAGAAGUCUCGAGAAGGAAGACAAACUCGACAUCCUGACCAAACUGUCCCAAGAAUACGGGGUGGAUCAUAAAAUGGUUUCGGAGCUCUCUGUAAAGCUGUUGGACGCUCAACUGCGAGACUUGGCGACCAUUCUGCAGGUUGAGGACAGGCUCCGGUACAGUUUGACGCCCCGUUAUAAGCAGCUGCUCAGCCAUAUAAGCAGGGUCGAAGGUGGGGUGAAGUUUCUGGUGGAUAUCCGUGCUGAUGUGCUUGAAGUGAUGUCACUCAAAGCAAGCGAAAGCCCGCACAUCAGGGAGCUGAAUGGUGCUCUGAAGAGCUUACUCUCCGAGUGGUUCUCUGUUGGUCUACUCCGACUGGAGAGAAUCACAUGGCAGUCCCCGUGCGAGGUCCUACAAAAGAUCAGCCAGUAUGAAGCGGUGCACCCUAUAAGGAACUGGACUGAUCUGAAGCGUCGAGUGGGAUCGUACAGACGCUGCUAUGCUUUCACCCACGCUGCCAUGCCAGGAGAGCCUUUGGUUGUGCUGCACGUGGCUCUAACUGAGGACAUCUCUGAUAACAUACAGAGUAUUGUUCGUGAGUUUGCCACUCUUGACUCAGAAGAGGAUGUGAACAAGAUCAAUUCAGCCAUCUUCUACUCCAUCUCCUCCACCCAGGCUGGCCUGCAAGGAGUGGAGCUGGGCAACUACCUCAUCAAGAGGGUGGUGCGAGAACUCCAGAGCGAGUUCCCUCACUUGACCCAGUUCUCCAGUUUGUCGCCCAUCCCAGGCUUCUCCUCCUGGCUCCAAAGCCUGCUGAGCCAGUACAGGAAGGAGGGCCGCGGCUCAGAUCUUUUGUCGGAGCAGGAGUGGAGGGAGGUGCAACAGGUCACUGACUCAUCCCCAGGCACCCCUGCUGCUGAUUCCCUCCGCAAGCUCGUUAUUACCAGUGAGUGGGCACGCUCAGAGAGGCUCUCCACUGUUCUGGAGCCGGUCUUGAUGCGUCUCUGCGCCUGGUACCUUUACGGGGAGAAGCGAAGAGGCUACGCACUCAAUCCAGUGGCUAACUUCCAUCUGCAAAACGGUGCCACCAUAUGGCGGCUCAACUGGCGAGCUGACACCAGCCCAAGAGGUGUCGCGAACUCCUGUGGAAUCAUGGUGAACUAUCGUUACUUUUUGAACAAGACUUCUAAAAACAGCUCGUUAUAUCUUCAAAACAAAGUCGUCACCGCGUCCGAACAAGUGCUAGGACUUGUGUCCCAAUUUCAAAAGAACAGCAAACUGUAAAUUUAAAUAAAAAAAAAAAGGACGUUGUUAUAACUUUAAUGCUAUUAUUGUUUGGUUUUACAAGAUAGAGCACAGAUGGCGUUCAUGGUGUAAAGACUGAUGUAUUAUUUUAUUAAAGCUGCCAUUGAUAUUUGUCAUGUUUUGCCAAAUGUCUAAAAAUGGCAGCACCACCAAAUGAAUUUCUUGACAUUAUUUUUGUAUUAAAAUUAGGUCGUUUCUCACGUGAUGUAACUCACCCCGUCUGCUGUUUGCCUCAUUAGACCUCUAGCUAAAGCUGUUUGAGAUUGUGUAAGUGAUUCGCAGAGCAGACUGCAGCUAAUGAAGCAGAAGGCAUCUAUCAAUGCCAAAGCAUGUUCGUGAAUAAUAGUGUGUAAUGGUGAGGCAGGAGCAACAAGGGUGUCCGUCUACUGGAAUAAAUGAUGUUUAUUCUUUCAUUUGGCUGAGCUGUUGCGCUGUAAACACGUCAAA